AUGUCUCAAAAAGCAACUCCAGUCAAAUUCGUCAAGGGUGUCUUGAAGUCGUUCAUGGCCGAGUCCGGUCUGGAGCCGAGAUUGCUUGGGCCUCAUUUGAGGAUUGUCAAUGCCGUGCGAGGCAGAGUGGACUUUGAGUUGGACAUAACCAAGGAUCACACGAACCGACUCAAGAUCCUCCAUGGAGGUACAAUUGCCAGCAUGGUUGACUUGGGUGGAUCGCUCGCCGUCGCCUCCAUGGGGCUGUAUGCCACGGGCGUCUCGACAGAUCUGAACGUCACAUACUUGAGCAGCGGAGGCAAGGUCGGAGAAAAGCUUUCAGCAACUGCAGUGUGCGACAAGAUCGGCAAGACUCUUGCAUACACAUCCAUUACCUUUACGAACAGCAAGGGUGAGCUUGCUGCACGAGGAAGCCACACCAAAUAUGUCACGCAAGCCUGGAAGUCGCAAACGGGAGAGCCAUAUACGCCUCCAGAGGGUGUCAAUCUGGAAGAUGUCGACUGA